UUGACUCGCAUGUGAUGUAAAGUGCAUGCUAGUUGCGUAAGUCACAAAAUGGCUGCGCUCAUGUGCCGAACUGCUGCCCGACGACUGGGAAUUAAAGUUAAUUUUCGGAAUGAUUUUCAUCAAGUUUACAGAUUGUCCGGUGAACAUGGGCCUCUUAGCUUUGCUGUAUUAAAAUUGUGCAACUCUAACUUGCAUCAUGAAUCAAUGCGACAAGGCUCGUUACUGCACACAGGGGGUGACACGGUUUCAAGGCAGUGGAGGAAGUAUAGAAGAAGCUACAACACAGGUUCCGAGGCUGAACUGUUCCCUAAAGAACCAAUCCAGCCUUAUAAGCUUAUAGAAAGUGAGCUUCAGUCUCUUCAUCCAAGUAUACGACAGGAGCUGUGUGGAAGUUGCCCAGAGCUAACUGAAGUCGCCCAGUACUAUUUUGAUGGCAAGGGCAAGUCUUUCAGACCCAUGAUAGUUCUAUUGAUGUCUAGAGUAUGCAAUCUACAUAAUUCUUUAACAGAAAGUAUAAAAGAUUCUCAGAAGAAGAUUGCCAUGAUAACGGAGAUGAUUCACACGGCCAGUCUGAUGCAUGAUGAUGUGAUUGAUGCAGCAGAUACAAGGAGAGGAAAAACGUCCAUCAAUGAAUUAUUUGGCCAAAGAAAAUCUAUUCUUGCAGGUGACUUUGUGCUUUCUAUAUCAUCACAAGCCCUGGCCAGGAUAGGUGAUCCAGAUGUUGUUAUAGUACUUUCCACUGUCAUAGAAGAUCUAGUCAAAGGUGAAUUCAUGCAGCUUGGAUCUAAAGAUAAUGAGAAUGAAAGAUUUUCCCAUUACCUGAUGAAGACUUAUAAGAAAACUGCUAGCCUCAUGGCUCACAGCUGUAGAGCAGUGGCAAUGUUAGCAGACUGCAGCCCCGAAGUGUGUGAGAUUGCCUACCAGUAUGGGCGUAACAUCGGCAUGGCAUUCCAGCUUGUUGAUGAUAUCUUAGAUUUUGUAUCAUGUGAUGAUGCAAUGGGCAAACCUACCUCAGCGGAUCUCAAACUAGGACUGGCUACAGCUCCUGUGCUCUUUGCUGCCGAGAAGUAUCCUGAGCUAAAUGAUAUGAUCAUGAGGAGGUUCAGCCAUACGGGGGAUGUAGAGAGGGCAAGAAAAGCUGUAGCAAAUACUGAUAGUAUACAACAGUCUCGGUUCUUGGCUGAGCAGCAUAGCAGAGAGGCAGUGAGACAGAUUGAGAAGCUAACAAACUGCGCCGAGAGACAAGCACUUAUCUACUUAACUCAGGAAGUCUUAUCCAGGCAUAAAUAGUAUGAUUUUUUAC